AGUUUAGUUUCUCCUGCUCCGUGCGGACCGUCGGCUCCGACCCGUUUGCCCCGCUUGCGGCCCGCGUCCUGCAGACCCGAGGUGCUCGGGUUGCAUCCCAGAGUUGCCCGGGUCUACCGGCGGCCGUCUGCAGAGAUGCCUGGAAGGAGGGCUCGUAGGAGCGCCCAGCCGAGCCCCACGCGGGUCCCGGCAGAUCCUGAAGUUGAGUGUGCUAUUCAGUUGAGGAGAAUUGGAGACAAACUGAAUUUCCGGCAGAAACUUGUGAAUCUGAUAUCCAAACUCCUCCGCUCAGGAACUUGACUUAAGAAGCUUUCGAAUGAGGAGACUCCUUUCAAAAGGAAGAUUCCUCAGUAGGUGCAGAUUUCAUCAGAAGACUCCCCAGUAAAUGCAAAUUUCAUCAAUUAGAAAAGAGACUGCUUUGUAAUGGAGAAGAACGUGAAGGAACUCUGAUUUGCUUUUGAAUGCUCAUGGAAACGAAGAUGGAUACAGCACACAUGAAGAUGGAUACAACUCCACACAUGAAUUUCUGUCCGAGGUUUGCCAGAAGUCAUUGUUUGGGAUUGGAGAACAUUAAAAAUCCACUUUGUUUAUUUUAAAACAAGAGUGGAGGAGCUUUGAACAUAGGGAAUCAAUUCUUUAUACGUUUUGGUUUUGUUUAGAGACUUGUUCUAGUAUUUUUGCUGAAGGUUGCUGCCCAGUGUAAGAGGAACUGACAAAUGAUUAUAGACUAUGGUCGGGCUGAGAAACAAUAUAUUCCAUGUUUGUUUCUACUUUUGGGUGACAGUACCAGAACACUGUAAUCUUUUGGUUUAUAUAUAUUAUUUUGUUAAGACUAAAAUUUUUUUUGAGAACACUGAAUGUGAUAGUGAAUGUUAAUUUCAUAAGUCACUACAAAAUAUAAACUAAUUUGAAAGUUUCUUUUGAGUUAAGAUGUAUUGUUGUUUCUGUUCAGAAGACCUUUUACUAAAGUGUGUUCCAAUGAGCCUCAAACUGGGAAGUGAUACGCUUUGAAAAAAUCUGAAGUGUUACUUGGUGCCAGUGAAAUUCUUGCAGAAAAGAAAAAGAAGCAUGGGGAUUUUGCAUAACUCGGAAUAAUUUAAGAAGCGAUAGAUUUUUUUAACUUGCUGUAAUUAAAACUUGGUAAGAUGAAUAUUCUAAUAUAACUGUUGAUAAGAAAAUGAAUGUUUUUAAAGAAAUUUCUAAAAUCUGUAAAAUGUCCUUUCUUAUACUCAGGGCAUAUUGUAUAAGAGUGAUUCUUUUAAGAGAGAUUAAGCAUGUUUUCAUAAUCGAGAUACAUACAUGUGUUUUUCAAAAGGAACAGAUUGCUCGUCCAGAAUGAAAAUCCCAUUUACAUACAUAUGCAUAACUUCACCUGCUAUAUAUAUAUUAUCUAUCUAUCUAUAUAUAUAUAGUGUUAGAGUAAUAGGUAAGACAGGCUUCAUGAAUUCUUUUGUUUUCAAUUAUUAAAAGGCCAGGCUAUCAACAAAACUCCACAAAUAUAUAGAAAAGAAAUAAUACUGUUAUGAUUGAAUUUCAGCAGGAAUAAUCUUAUUUAUUUUACUUAUUUAUCAUUAAACUAUUUUUUGUUUCGUUUGAUAAUAAAGUUGUAUUUUGGAAUUUUGAGGCGAGGGUUUCACAACUACUUGAACUCUUUCAGGAAGAAUGUUUUAAUAUAGGCUGUAGUCACUUUAGAUGAAAAAUUACCUCAGCAUGUUUUUUUCUUCAGUAUUACUUAAAGCUGUUCAUUUAUUUAGUUGCAAAGACUUUUUUUGGGGGGGGUGCAGCAUCUGCCUAGAGGAGAAUGUUUUGCUGUGGAUAUUUAUGGUCUAUAACUGUAUUUAUACAUAUAUACAAUUAAAAUUUGAUACUGUAGCUGUAACCUAUUAAAAUUUACCAACAUUC